AUGAUAAAGAAACUAGUCGAUCAGCCGUUAGUUACCCAUAUCAACGUCCGCGAGUUUGGUUACAAGAAGAUGCCGAGCAAAUUGAAAUUUCUGGGGUAAGUGUAAUGUGAUUAAUUUUUUAUUUCGAAUUUAGACAACAAGAGGCGAUCAACAUUGACCAAGAGCUGUUUAAUGACUAUGGCUUCAGUGUAGAUCAGCUAAUGGAGUUGGCUGGGUUGAGCUGUGCACAGGCGGUUCAUCAGACUUACGAGAAAGGUAUGUGUUCAUGGAGAAUGUUAUUUAUUGGUGUUUAGGCCCCAUUCUGGUACUAGCUGGUCCUGGCAAUAAUGGUGGAGAUGGCCUGGUCUGUGCUCGACAUUUGAGUCUGUUUGUGAGUUUUAUUUUUGGAUUUUUUGGAUUUAGGUAACAAAGAAAAUUUUGGUAUAAAAUAAGUCUAAACAUAUACGAAAGCUUGCGGGACCCCAGUGCAGUCAUGACUUUUUCAAUUUCACAGCCGAAAUGCGUAGUGCGGAACGCGUGCGACAAAAAACUCUCUUUUGAAAAGGCGUAGUAGUAGAAGUACGCUUCUUCUGGCGAAGCUAGCGUUGUUGAAUUUCCGUCGGAAUUCGGCAUUUGCAGUGGCGGACCUGAUCCAAUGGCGAAAAACGUACUAUUUUGCGUCCGGGAAGUAUCAAAAAGUGUGGCAAAAUGCCUCCCUCUGCAAGUGAAAACACUCCGGUUUGAAGGGCUUGCAUUUUCCCUCACAAAAAGAGCGGGUGCGCUUUUGAAAUCGGAGUUUUUUUUCAAUUGGAAAGGGAGGUAUUUUGCUACAUUCUUUGUUACUUCCCGGAUGCAAAGUGGUACGUUUUUUGCCACUUUUCAGGUCCGUCACUGUAUAUGUAUUAAACUUCUGACUAAUAUUUGCGUGUCCCAUAAGUCAGUGAAAUGUGUUUCAAAACAUUUUCGAGAGUGCAUUUCAUCUAUUUAUUAUUGUAUUUUCUGUUUUUAGGGCUUUCAACCAACAAUUUUGUACCCAAAACCUUCAAAGUCGCAGCUGAUGCAGAACCUGGUCAAACAAACAACUCUGAUGGACAUCCCAUACAUCGACCAUGUUCCAGAAGAAGUCGAUUCGGUCUAUAAAGUGAUAGUCGACGCGUUUUUCGGCUUCUCCUUCAGGCCUCCGCUUCGUGAGCCUUUCAAUCAGAUUUUGGACAAAAUUUCAAAAUGUCGAACCCCAAUAUUUUCAAUUGAUAUCCCGUCUGGCUGGAAUGUCGAGACUGGACCUCCGGAAGAUGGCACGCCAAAAAUUUUGCCACAUUCGUUGAUCUCCUUAACAGCUCCAAAGAAAUGCGCCGAACAUUUUAGUGGGAUCCACUUUUUGGGCGGACGAUUUGUACCACGAGCGUUGGAAGAUAAAUAUGAACUUAAUUUGCCUGAAUAUCCGGGUUCUCAGGGAUUUCUGAGGCUGUGA